GUUUAAAAUAGCUACAACUACUGAUUGGUAAUAUUUUCAUCAUUCACUGAAAUAUCCGCGGGUAUUCAAUUAAUGUACCCAGUUGUAUGACUUCAACUGACACCGAAGUAAGUAGAGUAAGAACAGCCAGCUUCAAGUCUUGCUCAGACAGAGAGUGACAGAUUUCCAACAGCCAUUGAUGAGUCAUCUGUAUAGUACCAUGUCAGGAAGUACCUUCAAACACAGUUUCAAACAGGACAACAUGACACACAACGGGAGACCUCCCAAACAUGUCAAGUAUAAGGAGUACCUGGAACGUUUGGGAUCCUUUGUCGCUUGGCCCAUAAAGUACGUCCCGAAAACUCCGGAAGAACUUUCAACAGCCGGGUUCUUUUACAUCGGGUCAGCUGACCGGGUCACGUGUUUUCAGUGCGGGAUAACUCUGCGAGAUUGGGAAGCAGAACACGAUGCUGUCGCGGAACAUAAGCGUUAUUCUGCCGAAUGUGAGUUCAUCAACAGAGCAGACAUGUCCGAUCUUGGGGUUUCGGAGAGGAACACAAUAGGCUUCCAUUUACCAUCGGGCGCUUCAAACGUAGUCAACCAUGUUGAAAGUACUGCCGCAAGACAAAGCAAUACUGGGAGCUUUGAAUGUUUAAGCGCUAGCCACGUGCCAACAGGUGCCUCAAACAUUGAAAGUACUCCGAGAAGUGCAAGCAGAGUCAGUAAUGCCGAGUCUCUGUUCAAAGACCUGACCAUCAAUGGCCACUCCUAUGCUAAUCUUCCUCAUCCUACCGGGGAAAGAAAAACGGCCCCCGUCUCAAAUACAUCUGCUUCUGAGGGAGAAGGACGCGGGUACAUGAAGUCGGACCAAGUCGUCACUGCAGUACAAGAAACACCUGACACGUCUAAACAUCCCCUUCGUCUACUUCUGACCGAAAACAAGCGUCUAAGAGAACAGCGCACGUGCAGGGUGUGCAGAAACAAGGACGCCGCCAUAUUGUUCCUCCCCUGUGGUCAUCUAGUCACGUGCCCCGACUGUGCAGAUACUGUGCAUGACUGUGUUGUGUGUGGACAAAACAUUCUUGGUACUGUCAAGACAUAUCUGCCGUAAACUAAUGGUAUCAUCGCAUUGAGACUUCACAAUUACGGGUCGACCAUUUGAUUUCUCG